AUGCUGCAGGCCCCACUGGUGGCUCACAAUUCAGAAUUUUACUACUUGAGGGCUGCCUGCGGCCGCGUCGUCUCCUACGCCGACAUCGUCACCCUCGCCGCCCGCGACUCCGUGGUCCUGGGUGGCGGCCCGGCGUACAAGGUGCCCCUGGGCCGGCGCGACGGCCUGGCGCCGGCGUCGGAGGACGCCAUCCUCGGCGCGCUCUCCGGCGGGCACACCGUCGGCAUCGCCCACUGCGGGUCCUUCGAGAAGCGGCUGUUCCCGACGCAGGACCCCACCCUCAACCAGUGGUUCGCCGGCCAGCUGCGGCUCACCUGCCCCGUCGAGGGCGCCACCAACACCACCGUCAACGACAUCCGGACCCCAACACCUUCGACAACAAGUGAGACUAGUGAGAUAAUGGCAAUGACUAAUGAAUGGGUAAUUGAGUUUAAGAGGACUUUUAAUUUGGUAAGAUUGAAGUAG